AUGUUUUACGAUAAUCCCUCCAUCUCACCUCCAGCAGAUAACAUGCAUCACUUUUCUUCCUUGAUGGGAGAUGAUGAUGGCAAUAUGAAUCUGUUGAUCAGUCCAUUUGAGCCAGAUCAUGCUCAGUUGGGAUACCCUGAUAACUACAACACAACACAGCCUAUGGUCAUUUCAAAUCACAGCAGCAAUACCGAUCUGUAUGGUGCUUCUCCAAUUGCCAUGCCCAAUACAAAGUUUGAUGCAACAGCAUCAUCUUCUUCAUCACCUCAAUAUGAUAUGCUUCACAAUUUUGCGAACGAGUUUAUUUCUCGCUCUCCCGAAUCUUCUUCUUCAGCCGAUUCCAAUCUGGUUUCACCUCCACAUCAAUAUUACUCCUCAUCAAGCUACUCCGAUUUUGCAUGGCCUAGAGCUACUACUGGAAAUGCUACGGCGACUACCGCAGCUCAGCAGCAAUUGCAACACGACUACCAUCACAAUCAUCAUCAUUCUAGCUUGAAGAGAUCUGCUUCUGUACCACCUCAUUUCCAAAAAUUCAAACCCCAUGUUCAAGAUGGCAUGUACAAUCAGUUUCAAGUCACACAGAUGCAACAACAACAACAUCAACAGCAAAUGUCAACGGCUCCCAAGCCACUUCCUAUUCAGAUCCAAAGAGUCAGUGCACAAAAUACAACCACAGCCAAGCCAUUGGACGCUGAAACCCAUCGUCGUCAACUGGAUGAAAAGUUGGAAAAGGUCAACUUUGAUGAUAUUACUGUAGCUGAACUGAAGGAAAUGUUGAGAGAGCGCGGCCUCUCUGCCACUGGUCGCAAGGCCGAGUUGAUGAAUCGACUCAAAGAAGAAUAUGAAUUGCUCAUGAGUAGAGGUGGUGCCGCCGCAGUUGCUGCCUCUGGUAUUCCUGCAACUACCUCUCCUGCUUUGUCAACAUCCCCACUCAUUCAGCGUCGCUUAGCAAACAUGAACAUUGUUGAUUCUCCAAAGAGACAGCAACAGAGCCGCUUAUAUGCUCCCUACUCGCCACCUGUGCGACAUUCUUCCAUCUCUGUUGGUCAAUUGGGUAUCCAUCGUCUCGCUUCUUCUGUUCCAGAGAACCUGACUCAAUCGUAUUUGAAUGAUCAAUUCAUGAUGAGAAAGCCCUCAACAUUGCGCAAGAGCAUUGGCGAAGAAGAUCAAGAAAGAGAAUGGAUGCAAUCUCUGAGCCUCUCUCCUCCUUCUAAUAACUAUUACCCAUCUGUACCAAAGAUUGAUGAGGGUGCUGCCAUGACUGAUAAUGCCUGCUCAUCUGAUAUAUGGGACGACCAAACACUCCAAACUUUCCUUAGUCAGAUCUAA